AUGGACAACGAUCACGUGGCCGGGAUUGGAAUCGCCACACAUGAGGAGCCAGAUGUUGCAUUGAACCCGUAUCCUAGUUACAGGGCGGGGUCCUGUGGAAGUGCCACGAGCUUUGGCGAACUACGGGGUAGUCAAGGUUCGAUUCGGUAUGGCAGUCACCUGAGUUGCCGCUCCAGUGUGCGCGAUGAAUCACACAUUAUUGACGAGUCUAGGCGUAAGCAGCGGGUUAUUCGUUACAUGCAGGAGGAACGCGAGCGUGCCGCUCGUGCAAAGCUUGAGCGAGAAGAGCAUAGCGACUGGAUGACGUUUCGCGCGCUGGUGCGGUGUGAACGCAUGCAGUACAUGAACGACGACGAGAGAGCGGAGUUUCUCCAGCAGGAGGCGCUGGAAGCUGAACGCGAACGCGUCGCCGCCGAAGAGGUGGCCCGGAAGGUCGCCCAGGCCGCUCUGAAUCGACGAUACUCCGCGGCAAACACACGUCCGAGGUUGGAGUCACAAGAGGUGGUGAUGGGGCCGCGUGGUGGGAAAGAGGCCUUCGCGACCGUCCCGCACAAUUCGAGCAUGGCGGCGAACCAAACCCCCACCACUGAGGAGCUGGAGAGUCUUCGGAAGAAGGUGGCGGCGGCGCAAAAGCUUGAAGUGGAACUCCGCUCCGAGCUUCUCCGUGCCCACGACGCCGCCACCAACGCGCAAGCUGUGAUUGAAAAGGCCAGGCAAAUGCAGCGAACUGCGGAGGAAAGUCUCCUGCGUGAGGCGAAGCGGGCAAAUGACGAGGCUGCCAUGAGGAAAAUUGCUGAAGAUCGCGCCGCAUCUCUUGAAAAAGGAAUAGAAGACAUGCAGCGGCGCAUUGUAGAGAUGGAAGAGGAACUACGGCGACUGAGAAAGGAGGCUGAGAAGGAAGCGUUGGUGGCAGAUGAGAAGGAAAGGCAGCUGAAGCCGCUUCGAGAGCAGUUGAGUGGUGUCCGAAAGGAAAAUGCAGCGUUGGAAGCCAAAUGCAAGGAGCUGCGGGCGGAGAAGGAUGCGCUGACGAUGCAGGCCCGUAAUAUCGCGUUUCCCAAGCCAGCAGCGAAGCAGAAAAGGCAACCACAACGAAACCCAAUUCGGGCGAACCACUUAGGUGACGCUGUUGCGCAGACGGUCCUCAAGUCCUCGCAGCAGCCGUUGGAGGCCGCAAACAAUGCUUCGCGAGAUGACUGGGACGCGGUUCAAGCUCUAGGCAGCCAGUCAGAGAUGCAGGCAACAACAUUUGAACAAGUCAAGGAAGAGAAUGGUGUUUCAAAAGACCAUCUACAACAGAAUGAGACGAGAAUGAUAAGGAAGUUUGAAGACCGUGCCACGCAGGCACAUUGUUCCCAGAAUGAAGAAUGCCCCAGAGAGGAACUGAAGCAGGCAGAGGCAGAGGUAAAGCAAUACAAGGCGGAGGCAGCGGCGGCUCGGCAGGAAAGUAAGGAGCUGCGGGUGACGACGGAUAAGGAAAUUGCGUUCCUAAAGGCGUGGUGUGCGCGUCUAGAUGAGCAGUGUAAGCAGCAAAUGAGUAAGUUGCGAGAUCUGCUACCCCGAGAAAAAAAUGGAGCAGAUCAGCUGCGUAGCGUGAAUGCCCUGAGAGACCUGGCAGGAGCGCCGGCUACCGGUGAUUCGGCGCUUCCCGUAAAACUUCAGCCCGAGUUGAGCGAGGUGCGUGCACGACUGAAGGUGUCGGAGAAAGCAAAACAGCACGAUGUCGCCAUGGCAGAUUCACUGAAGUCGGAGCAGGGAUUUUCCUGUGCGAGUGGCGUUCACGGCAACUCCGACACCCUGAACCUGGUCGGUGUCUUCUCAAAUACCAAAAAGGAGCCGAGGGGGGUGGAGGCGGCGAGAGAGGCUGUACAAGAGGAGCCGGCAGCCGAGCGGAACAAGGUGGAACCACUCCAACGCGAGAGGGGAUUGCUACCAGAGACAAUGGGUCUGACCGGGGCCAAAAUGCCUUCAGUACAUGUGACGGAAGAUGUGAGGGUAGGAACUGGGGCGCCUUGUGUCGCCUCCAAUGGGGUUUCAGCGGGUCUGGAGGAGCUCUACGAAAAACUGGCAUCUCUGCAGCAGGAACUGGAAAGGGAAAGACAGGUGCGCAUGGACGCUGAACGGGAGGCCGCCGCGCAAAAGGCGCGGGCUGACACGGCGGCAGCGGCUAGUCUGGGCAACACGAACAGGAAGGACAAGGCGAAGUGUCACUGCUAG